CGUGGUUACCAUGGAGACGCGCGGGGCCGGGCCGGGCCCUGCGGUGGGACCCCCUGAGCCGUGUCCCAGUGCUCUUCCGGGAAAAUACAGCGUUUUCGUGGAGAUGUCGGAGCUCCUGAUGUUUAUUUCGUCUCUUACAGCGUUGAUGUUUGUGAUAAAGUUAUUUCAGUGCGUAAACUCUUAGAUACAACAACACUCACUUUUUCCUGUGCCUUCAUUUGGGAGGAUGCUACAUUUCACUUAUUCUGAAGAUUGUCAUUGAAUUUGCAUGGAUUUGGAAGUUAGAGGAGUUGCUGCAUCCCCUCGAAGGCAGGCUCAGCUGUCAUCGAUGGGGAAGAAACGUCAGGGCUGGAGACCAGAUACACGGGCUAGUCAUGGUCCUCGCCCACCAGAGGUGCCAUGCCUAGAUCUGGAGAAGCUGGGAGAUUCUGAUGAAGAGGAUGGAGACUCUUACAUACCAUACAGUGGAAGUUAUCCUCCUACAUGCACUCUAGGUUCAUCUUCAGAUUGGAGAAGAUCAUUGCAGACGCCACAUGCACGGCAUCAUCAGGCUCAACAGCAUUCUGUUUUGGAGCAGAAGACAAUACCAGAAAAUCUGCGAUCCCCGACAGACAGAUAUAAGCUGAAGUAUCGUCAGUAUGAAGCAGAUCUGAAGGAAGAAUAUAAGCAGUAUUCUCAGAGAAUUGCAGAAAAGAAAAAACACCUCCGGUGUCCAGAAGCUUCAAUAAAGGGUGCCCAGCUUGAAGAUGGACAUAAUGAUGAUCUUACAGCUCUUGAUGAGAAAGCUCUCCUGCAACAGUGCUACACAAGCAAGCCAUAUAAUAUGCAGCACAACAUAAUGAAAUCAGAAGCUGAGGAUGUUGCUGCAGAGAGGAGAAAACAGGCUGUAGUAGAACAAGUGAUGGUGGAUCAGUUAUCCAGAGCUGUUAUAAGUGACCCGGAGCAAUCCAUGCGUGAUGAUGUUUAUAAGGAGGCUCAUGGACUUCUGAGACUUGGGACAGCACCAAUGCGUUUUAGAAAAAGAACUCUGCAUGAAACGAAAAUAAGGACCAAAUCAGGAUUAACUGAAAAUAUGCUUUCUAACAAGCUACGCUUUGAUUGUAGAAUUAUAUCGAGAAAUGGUCGUGAUGCCUGUAGAGAGUUGAUGGGAUUUUUUUUUGCAUGUGACAGAUCCCUUACUGUGUAUGAAUUUCGACAGUUUGGAAAGAAUAGAACAAAUGCCUUGCCUUUCAUUCAGAAGGGAGUUUAUCAACAUCAGCGUGGACAAAAGAAAGGAAAAGCUUAUGAUCUUAGUGAUUUCUAUAUUGGAGCUAACCUAACUUUCCGAAGUGUCGAUCAUAAACUUCCAGAAAGUGUUAAGCAGAACCCAGUUCUCACCCUUCGUGUGAUAAGCAUUGAUGAAGCAGCUAUGGAUUUUCUAAAAGCUUCUUCUGUGGAAUUUGAGCAAGAGUGUUCCAAGCAAGUGGUCGACGACAACAAAGUUUUCAAGAAGAUUCAAGGUAUACUCAGAGAGACACUAAGUAAAAGAGGAGUUCGGGUUAUAACCGGCUUAGGAAAGUAUUUCCGACAAGUAGACAAGAACGGAAAUGGUUUUCUGUUUCAGGCAGACUUUAAAGAAGCUCUAAAAGUAUUCCAUUUGGAGAUACCUGAAGGGGACUUUGAAUCCUUAUGGCUUAUUCUUGAUGAUGGCAAGACUGAUAAGGUUGACUACGGAGAAUUUACUCGUGCCGUAUUUGGAGAAAUGAAUGAAUAUAGGAAAGCCUUUGUAAGAAAAGCUUAUAUGAAACUAGAUUUCAACAAAACAGGGAGCGUGCCUAUGGUAGACAUCAGAAAAUGUUACUGUGCAAAGAAACAUCCUCUGGUAUUGUCAGGCAAAGCUACAGAAGAAGAAAUUCAAUCGUCAUUUCUAGAAACAUUAGGAGAGUCCUGCAGCAAUCCAAAUGAAGUGUCCUAUUCUGAGUUCGAAGGUUACUAUGAAGGAUUAAGUAUUGGAAUCAUGGAUGAUGAUGAUUUUGUUAAUAUCUUAAGGAAUCCUUGGGGAAUUUAGAGUGGAAGACAACAAAAAUGAAGAAGAGAGAUUUUUGAAACAAGGAGUGAACUAGUCAAGGGAGGAUUUAGUCUUAAUAUGCCUUACUUCACAAUUAGGAUCUUAAACUGAUUUCAGGGACUGAAAAUUUUAGAUGAUUUCAGAAUAAUACAUGGCUAAUUUCAUAAAAUGUCUGUUGGGCUAUGCUAACCACUUCUAGCUGUUCAUUCCUUUUCAUUUGAAAUAAUAAAGUCUGUUCCCCUUAACAAAAGGCAUCAUUUACUUGAUAUUAGAAUGAAGUGGUCUAUAUCAAAAUAAGAGAAUUCAAAUACUAAAAUGCAUAAAGGAGUAUAUGCAAAAGAAAAUUUAGUUUUAUGAUGCAUUGUGAAAAGCUUUAGAUUUGACUGUAUAAAUAUAAAUGGUAGCUUUUCUUCAGAGUUUUCUUGUUAUAAAAGCAAUAUGUUUAUUCUUGUCAUAUUCUCUGUCUUGUUUCUUAUGCUGGUACUUAGCCUGAAGGAGGGCAGGUCAUCCUUUUCCAAUUUGUAGGAUGUCUGCAGUACUGAAAGUGCAGAGAUGUUCACACCAAUUAGCCCUUUGCCCUGUUCACUGUCUUGACUGAUAUUUUUUCAUCUUGGUCAGCCAUCCAAAGCUGAGCAUUGAAUCCCAAAUAAGCACACAUAUGUUUUGUAAUGCACUUCUUCCUUUCCUAUAUUUUACCAACUGGUUUUCAAAGCAAAUAAUUUAUAUUUAAAUAUUGGGUUUCUGUACUUUCUAUUGCUGCUAUUUUUUUUACCUAAAACUUGGCAAUGAUAUUCUUUGUGAAACUGAUACGUGGCAUUUCCUAUCUACUCUGAACAUACAAAACAGAGAAAAACCACCUCUGUCACAACAAAAAUUAAACCGUGAAUUAAAAUAAUCCUUGCUACUUGAAAUGUUCAGCCAGAUAUGCUUUUCAGUGUAAUACAUCUUGUUAAUUCUGUAAAAUUCUUUGUGUUAAGAAGUAAAAAUAAUCAUUAAUUUUAAAUACAUAGAUAUAGUCAGUCUUUGCUUUCAAUAUACCUGUCACCGAAAUUAAAUGUAUGUUGAACUGCAUUUCUUAAGUAUAUGCAAGUAAAAUAUAUUAGUUUCCUCUGUG